CUUAUGAUCCUUGCGUUCGUGAUCCUGCCUGACCGCGAGAUGCUGCCGCCGCCGUUGGUAAGCGAUGACCAUGGCGGUGGCAACCUGUCAUGCAACAUCUUCAAGGGCGAGUGGGUGCCGGACCCGGGCGCGCCGCGCUACACCACGGAGACCUGCCCGGUGAUCCACGGCCACUACGAUUGCAUGAGGUACGGCAGGCCGGACCUCGGCUUCGUCCGGUGGCGGUGGCGUCCCGAGGGGUGCGAGCUGCCCCGCUUCGACGCGGCGCGGUUCCUCCGCGCAACGAGGGGCAAGUCCAUGGCGUUCGUCGGCGACUCGCUUGCCAGAAACCAGAUGCACUCGCUGGUAUGCCUUCUGGCGCGCGCCGAGCAGCCGGCGCCGUGGACCAACGCGAGCUACGUGUUCCGCUUCGAGCGCCACGGGUUCACCGUCUCUUUGUUCUGGUCCCCGUUCCUCGUGCGCGCCGUCGAGACGGACCCAGACGGCCCGACGCGGAGCGGGGCGGGCCUGUGGAGCCUCCACCUCGACGAGCCGGACGCCGGGUGGGCGGCGCACGCCACCGAGUUCGACUACGUGGUGGUCUCGGCGGGGAGCUGGUUCUUCCGCCCCUCCAUGUUCCAUGUACACGGCCGUCUCGUCGGGUGCAACGGCUGCCUCGCGCCCAACGUCACCGACCUGACGCUCCGGUACUCUCUGCGGAUGGCGUUCCGGACCGCGCUCCGCGCAGCCGUGGACGCGCCAGGCAUUGGAAAGCGCUCCAGGAGGACGGUGGUCGUGCGCACGCUCUCGCCGUCGCACUACGAGAACGGUGACUGCGCGCGGGCGCGGCCGCUCAGGCGCGGCGAGUGGGAGAUGAACGCGGUGGAAAAGGACAUGUACGCGAUACAAGCGGAGGAGUUCGGGGCGGCGAGGAGGGUGAGCAAUGGGGCCAGGAUGCUACUGCUCGACGCGACGGAGGCAAUGGCGCUGCGGCCGGACGCGCACCCGAGCAAGUAUCGUCUGUGGCAGCCUGACCGGUUCAACGUAUCGCGCGACUGUUUGCACUGGUGCCUUCCCGGCACCAUGGACGCCUGCAAUGACAUGCUGCUCCACAUGUUGUUGCAUUAAGUAGAAACAUGCCCAAUUCAACGCAUUGCCAUUAUUCUUUUAUCAUUGUUUUGUUCACACGUCAUACAAUCAACCAAAUUAAAACUGCGCCUGA